CACAAUCAACACACCAGCGAAGGCGUCCCCAACCCCCCUCGUCGACACCUCAAGAUGCCCUUCGUCAAGAAGCAGAAGACCGACGCCUACUUCUCCCGUUUCCAGGUCAAGUUCCGCAGAAGGAGAGAGGGCAAGACCGAUUACUAUGCCAGGAAGCGCCUCGUUACCCAGGCUAAGAACAAAUACAAUGCCCCCAAGUACCGCCUAGUCGUCCGCCUCACCAACAAGGACAUUAUCGUCCAGGUCGUCUAUGCUCGCAUCCAGGGCGACUUUAUCCUUACCCAGGCUCACUCAAGAGAGCUUCCCCGAUAUGGCAUCAAGCACGGUCUUACUAACUGGGCUGCAGCCUAUGCAACUGGUUUGCUUGCCGCCCGCCGAGCUUUGACCAAGCUUGGUCUUGCUGACAAGUACGAGGGUGUCACCGAGCCUGAUGGUACUCUCCAAAUUACCGAGGCUCUUGAUGAUGACGAUGCUCCCCGACCAUUCAAGGCUUUCCUCGAUGUCGGUCUCCGACGAACUUCCACCGGUGCCCGUGUCUUUGGUGCCAUGAAGGGUGCCAGCGACGGUGGUAUCUACAUUCCUCACUCCGAGAAGCGAUUCCCCGGCUACGACCCAGAAUCCAAGUCUCUCGAUGCUGAGGUCCUGCAGAAAUACAUCUAUGGUGGUCACGUUGCUGAGUACAUGGAGAGCUUGGAGGAGGAAGACGAUGAGCGAUUCAAGAAGCAGUUCGCCUCUUAUCUCGCUGACGAUAUCGGAUCCGACGAUAUCGAGGACAUUUACAAGAAUGCCCAUGCCGCCAUCCGGGCCGACCCCACCUUCAAGCCCACCACCAAGACAAAAGACUGGAAGGCCGAGUCACUCAAGUACAAGGUCCCCAGGCUCACCCUCGAGCAGCGCAAGGAGAGGAUCGCCGAGAAGAUCGCCAAGUUCCAGGCUGGUGGCUUCGACGAGGACGACGAGUAAAUCUCUUUCUUUACCUGCACCUUGCAUCCAAAAAUUCCUCUCGCAUUUUGUAUGUAGGAUUCGCAUUAGGCUUUCAUUAUGCACGCUAUGAUAUGACCACACGCAUAAACGUUACGAGUUUUGCUCAAUGAGGUUUUGAACCCAAGUCAGAAUAGAUCCGUGUGUUUCGGCGUA